GAGAGAGAGAGAAUAAUAACAACACACAACAAUGGUUUUGGUUUUGUUUUACUAAAGAAAGAGAGAGAGAGAGAGUCUCGGAGAAGAGGACAUGGUGGGAGGUUAAAAUCUCCAAAACCCCAUAGAACUGCUGAUGCUAAUGAUGGCUGCUGGGAGCCAUUGAUCUCUUUUGCUAGUAAGAUAUAGAGGUUGCUAAGCUAGCUAAUCCUCUCUCUCUCUAUCCCUCUUUAAUUUUUUGGUUGGGGCAUGGACGAAGACCUUGCCAUGCUUAGACAUCUCAUCGGCCAGCUUCAAGAGCUCUUGCACAACAACGGUUCUCCUCCUCCUCUUCCUCUUCUUUCUUCUCCUUCGUCUUCUUCGCCUUCGUUUCUUGUUCUCCACCAUCCUCAGUAUCACAACGGAUGGUGUUUGCCCUGUAUUGAAGAAACUUCUGCUGAUGAUUGUUGUGAUAUUGUAAUGGCUGCUGGAAAGAGGCCUGGGAUACUCAAGAUGUUAGAAACUGUCAAGCCUCCCGUCAAACGGACUCGAAAAGAACGUAAUCCAGGGAAAUCAUGCAAGGAAAGAGAUGACAUUAGUGGAGACAUGGACCAAGAAAUCUGGCAGGAAUUUCCCCAAGAUCUCUUUGAAGCUGUCGUUUCCAGGCUACCAAUUGCUACAUUUUUCCAGUUUCGUGCAGUUUGCCGUAAAUGGAAUUCUCUGAUUGAUUCAGAUAGCUUCUCCCGAUACUGCACCGAGCUUCCUCAGACCAUCCCGUGGUUCUACACCAUAACCCACGAGAAUGUCAACUCGGGACAAGUGUAUGAUCCUUCUUUGAAGAAAUGGCACCAUCCGGUUAUCCCCUCACUGCCUAAGAAGAGUAUUGUUUUGCCAAUGGCUUCUGCGGGAGGUCUAGUGUGCUUCCUCGACAUUGGUCAUCGGAACUUCUAUGUGAGCAACCCCCUGACCAAGUCUUUCAGAGAGUUGCCUGCUAGGUCGUUCAAGGUCUGGUCUCGUGUUGCAGUAGGGAUGACUCUGAAUGGAUACUCCACCAUUCAUGGGUAUAAGGUUUUGUGGGUUGGAUGUGAAGGAGAGUACGAAGUGUAUGAUUCCCUGAGUAAUGUGUGGACCAAACGAGGGACCAUCCCGUCCAACAUAAAGCUCCCGGUGUUGCUCAACUUUAAGUCACAGCCAGUGGCUAUCCACAGCACACUUUACUUCAUGUUAACAGAUCCCGAAGGGAUAUUGUCCUAUGACAUGGUCUCUGGGAAAUGGAAGCAGUUCAUCAUACCGGGUCCACCAGACCUGAGCGAUCACACGCUAGCUGCGUGCGGAGAGCGGCUGAUGCUGGUGGGUCUACUGACUAAAAAUGCUGCCACAUGCGUUUGCAUAUGGGAGCUGCAGAAGAUGACACUGUUGUGGAAGGAGGUUGACAGAAUGCCAAACAUAUGGUGCUUGGAGUUUUACGGAAAGCACAUUAGGAUGAAUUGUCUAGGCAACAAAGGUUGUCUGAUAUUAUUGUCCUUGAGGUCCAGACAGAUGAACCGUCUGAUUACCUACAAUGCUGUUACUAGGGAAUGGACCAAGGUCCCUGGCUGCACCGUUCCUCGUGGGAGGAAACGACUUUGGAUCGCUUGCGGGACAGCGUUUCAUCCCUGCCCUACAGCUAGAGCUUGAUGAUCUCUUCUCUUGGUUCAUUUUUUUCCUUGUUGGCCGUCUUUGAGGUUGUAUUGGAACGUUACAUUCACACAGGGUUGGUUUGUUUUUGUUGUUUUGUUAUAUGUUUUUGGUUUUGAUUUUCGAGACUGUAAUAUACACAACUUUCGUGUUGUAAUAAAUAAACCUGUGAGACUAA